AUGGCAGCCAGGGGCCUCAAUUUCAUCUACCAAGCCGCCGUCCCCGCGGCAGUGGGCGUAGGCCUGCUGCAGGCGUCAAUGUACGACGUCAAGGGCGGCACGCGGGCCGUCAUCUUCGACCGGCUGUCGGGUGUGAAGGAGCAAGUGGUCAACGAGGGCACGCACUUCCUGAUUCCCUGGCUGCAGAAGGCCAUCAUUUUCGACGUGCGCACGAAGCCGCGCAUCAUCCCGACCACGACGGGCAGCAAGGAUCUACAGAUGGUCAGCUUGACGCUGCGUGUCCUGCACCGGCCUGAGGUGCAGGCGCUGCCUAAGAUUUACCAGAACCUCGGCACAGAUUACGACGAACGUGUUCUCCCCUCAAUCGGCAAUGAAGUUCUCAAAGCGAUCGUUGCCCAAUACGACGCAGCCGAGCUCAUCACCCAGCGUGAGGUGGUCUCCCAGCGCAUCCGGCACGACCUGACAAAGCGCGCUCGCGAGUUCAACAUCGCCCUCGAGGACGUCUCCAUCACGCACCUGACCUUCGGCAAGGAGUUUACCAAAGCCGUCGAGCAGAAGCAGAUUGCGCAGCAGGACGCAGAGCGCGCGCGGUUCAUCGUCGAGCGUGCCGAGCAGGAGCGCCAGGCUAACGUCAUUAGGGCCGAGGGUGAAGCCGAGGCUGCCGAGACGAUCAGCAAAGCUAUUGCGAAGGCGGGUGAUGGGUUGAUUCAGAUUCGUAGGCUCGAGGCAAGCAGGGAGAUCGCGCAGACGCUGGCGAAUAAUCCCAAUGUGGUGUACCUACCGGGAGGGAAUAAGGGGGCGAACUUGUUGAUGAGUGUUGGGAGGACGUAA